GAGAAGUUUUUAGUACGUUACAGUAAACAAGGCAUGCCUUUAUCAAUGGAUAAACUAGACGCUUAUUAUGGUUUAUUCUUGGACCUAUCUGAUGAAGAUUUGAAUAAAGAUUUAUUUAUAGUGGCUCAAAUUUAUAGAUAUGGUAAGUUUAAACUUGUAUUAUUGGAUAACAACAGUAAAAAGGCUCCAGUGUUUAAAUAUAGACGUCCCUGGGGAUGUGCUGGUAGCAAUCUGUAUCACUCUCUAGAAAAUCUGACACCAAGUUCCUCUACAAAUAAUCAAAAUUUUAUCCAUUACAGUUGUGUAGAUGCUGAGAGUAAUAUGACCAGUCUUCACGAAUCUUUAAUUAAAAAAGCUCAAAAUCCUCAAAAAUCCUUACUUCCAGACAAAUCAGACAGGAAUAAUUUUGGAAUGGCGAUAUCAUUAAGAAUGUUACGAGGAGACUUGCCUACUGUUAAAACAGAGAGUCCUAUCUUAUUUACUAAAGAUGUAGCUAUAGCUCAACGUCUAGGGUUCUCUGAUACAGUUGUCAAUCCAGGUGAAGUUCGUAAUGACCUGUAUUUAACUAUAAAUUGUGCCGAAUUCGACCGUGGAACGAAGAAAUCAGCUAAAAAUGUAGAAAUAGAUAUAUCUGUUUUUGAUAUCAAUGGUGUUAUUAUUCCAGACUGUAUAAAUUGUGGUUGUGGAGAGAGCAAUAAAACUGUUUAUAACACCUCAGUAUUUUACCAUCAAAACUCUCCAAAAUGGAACGAUAUAAUCAGAUUAUCUAUUCCAAUAGAUAAGUUUACAGGAGCUCAUAUUAGACUGGAUUUCUACCAUUGCUCAACUCGAGAUAAAAAUGAGAAGAAAUUACAAGGUUUCUCCUACCUUUGUUUAACAGGAAAAGAUAGCAGUACAGUUUAUGAUGGACAGCAUGAACUCUGUAUAUAUAAGUGUGAUGAUAUAAAGAAGAUAAAAGACUAUAAAAAUCUACCCAUGUACCAGGAUGAGUUGAACGACAUCCAGAAAUCGGCUGCCACCCCCCUGCCCUUUCAACGUAACUCUAAAGAAUAUUGUCUAGUUUCUACCUUAUUGUGUUCAACAAAAUUUACUCAGAAUACGGGGUUAUUAAGUGUAUUACAGUGGUCUAUGAAUAGAGAUAAAAUAUCAGAUAAUCUACGGAACUUGAUUAGAUUACGUUCUCAAGAAAUUGUCAAGUAUUUACAAGAUAUAUUGGAUGCAUUAUUU